AUGGGUGUGGGUAAAAUUGAAAGAGAAGUGAGAUACUUUUUCAAUGAAUGGGAACUUGGGAUUUGCAUGCUACUUAGCCUUUUCCUUCAAAUAUUGUUAAUUUUAGCCGCACCUUUAAGAAAGAUAGUCUCCGGCAAAUGGCUAGAUAUCCUUCUUUGGCCAGCAUACUUACUUGCAGAUGGCACUGCAAUUUUUGCGAUUGGACUCAUCUCAAGCAAGCAGAUUUUCGUUAAGGCGCCAGAAAAAAAUAUAUUGCACACUUUUUGGGCUCCUUUUCUCCUGGCACACCUUGGUGGCCCGGAUCCCAUCACUGCUUUCGCCCUGGAGGAUAAUGAGCUGUGGCUCAGGCAUUUAUUUUCCCUGUUUACACAGUGCAUUGCAGUGGCUUAUGUUUUCUAUCAGUUUCUCACACCUGACAAACUGUUGGUUCCAUCACUGCUUAUGUUUCUGUGUGGAUUCAUCAAAUAUGGCGAGCGCACAUAUGCUUUGUAUUGUGCAAGCGCCAAUACCUUCCGCGACUCCAUACUUAAGAAGCCUGAGAUUGUGAAAUUCAGGAGGAACAUUGAGUACGUUUACAGGAUGGAGGCAACUGAUCUAGAGACACUGGAGUUGGAAGUUGUGCAGUACGCUUUUAGUUACUUCAGUGUUUAUAAAGGAUUGGCUGUAGAUCUCAUGUUUAGCACCAUUCAGUGCGACCAGAGCCGGGCAUUCUUCAGUUCUUGUAAUCAUCAUGCCUUUAGAAUUGUUGAGGCAGAAUUAAAUUUUCUUUAUGAUGUCCUGUUCACCAAGCUUCCUGUAGUUUAUCAUCGAUUUGUGUUCUGUUGUCGAGCUGUAUCCUUUGGUGCCAUUGUCACUUCAUUGGUGCUUUUCCAUUAUGCUGAUAAAAAGCAUCUUAAACCCGAAGGAUUUGAAGUAGGAAUUACCUAUACUUUGCUGAUCGGAGGAAUUGUGUUGGAAGUCAUUGCAUUUUUCAUGCUUGUUUUCUCUGACUGGACAGUUGUGAAGCUCAAGCCUUCCCCUGAUUAUAAGAAUCGUAGAUAUAAUCCCAAUGAGCCAUCGUGGGAAUGUGUGUUCAGUAAAUUUAUACUGAGUGUUAAUGUCAGAAGAAGGAAGAUCAUAUGUUGGUUGCUAAAUAUCGGUGGGGUACGUGGCAGAGGGAAAGAUUGUGUGUCAAAACCGACGACGGGUAGCAGGUGGGCGGAGUCUAUUUCAGGAUACAAUUUUAUAUACUAUUGUUUACAUAGACGUUCAGGAGGAAAGGAAACUUUUUUUGAUCAAUUUGGCAUUACAGCCUUCCUUGACAAGAUAGUGUAUGUGAAACAGCAGCCAUUGCCUUCCUACAUGAAAGAAUUCAUUUUUCAAGAGUUGAAAAUGAAGUCGGAGAUGGCAUAUGAUUUGGACCAGGCUAAGCAAAUAUGUUCAGCCAGAGGUGAAUGGGUACUUAAAAAUGAAGGCUACAGCAGCAGCCAUGAUCUGAGUCGUUAUCUUGCAUAUGUUGAGUAUGAUGAGAGCCUUCUUUUGUGGCACAUUGCCACUGAAAUUUGGUUCACUAAUGAUAAACGUGAAUACAUUGACGGUGAGCAAGAUCACAGAUGGAUCUCCAAGUUAAUAUCAGACUACAUGAUAUAUCUCCUAGUGAUGAAGCCUGGUAUGAUGUCAGCUGUUUCUAGAAUCGGACUAAUAAGAUUUCGUGACACUUUUGCUGUGGCUAGGAGUUUCCUGGACAACAGUUCUUCAAUAAUGGAGGGACUACCGGAGGUGGAGUCACAUAGGAUAGUUUGUGAAGAGUUACUUAAUUUUCAACGAGGAAGGUUGGCAUCUACCACUGAAGAAGACAGAGGUAUGUACAUAUUGUUGAAAGCAGCGAAAUUGGCCAAAUUGCUGGAAAAGAUAGAAUCCUCUGAGAGAUGGAACCUAAUGAGCAAGAUCUGGGUGGAACUGCUAUCAUACGGGGCAAUUCAUAUCAAACCAAAUGCUCACGCUCAACAACUAAGUAAAGGUGGUGAACUUGUCACCAUUGUUUGGUUAUUGAUGACUCAGCUUGGCCUGGGAGAUCAUUUUUACCCUCUUCAUCGGUCUUGA